UCCGUAUAUGCGAGGGCGAAUGCGGGCACCAACAACGAAAAGCUAUUCACCUCCAUUCGAACUCAAUAAACCGUUGACCAAUUUCGCUGUGGGCAAGGUCGUUAAAUCUGACAACGCCAGAUUCAAAGUAGGUCAACUCGUCUAUGGAUUUGGAGGCUAUGAAGAAUAUACAGUUCACACGAAAGAUCAAACCGCAGGACUUCGUAUUCUCACCGAUGAAGAACUCAAGCUUGGUCUGCCUCUGACAACAUGGGUCGGAGCUGCUGGAAUGCCUGGACAAACGGCCUACUAUGGUUUCUAUCACAUUGGAGAACCGAAGAAGGACGAUACGAUCUUUAUCACUGGAGCCUCAGGUGCUGUCGGUCAAAUUGUUGGACAACUGGGUGAGUCAAUCAAUUAUUCACACUUUUGUCAAUUUGAAAAAUCA